GGUUUUGCUCCGCGGGCGAAAGCGCCGCGCCUCGGUCUUGCAGACGGACGGUGCGGGCGGAGCGCGCUCGGCAGCGAGGCGCCCUGGAGGCGGCGGAGGCGGCGGCACAGCCCGAGGCGCAGGACGACGAUGAGGACGAAGAGGAGGCGCUGCCGCACUCCGAGGCGGUGGACGUGUUCCAGGAGGGUCUCGCCAUGGUGGUGCAGGACCCACUGCUCUGCGAUCUCCCGAUCCAGGUUACUUUGGAAGAGGUCAAUUCCCAAAUAGCCCUAGAGUAUGGCCAAGCAAUGACAGUCCGAGUGUGCAAGAUGGAUGGAGAAGUCAUGCCUGUGGUCGUGGUACAGAAUGCCACAGUCCUGGACCUGAAGAAAGCCAUCCAGAGAUACGUGCAGCUCAGGCAGGAGCGGGAAGGCGGCAUUCAACACAUCAGCUGGCCCUACGUGUGGAGAACGUACCAUCUGACCUCUGCAGGAGAGAAGCUCACAGAGGACAGGAAGAAGCUCCGAGAUUAUGGUAUCCGGAAUCGGGACGAGGUGUCUUUCAUCAAAAAGCUGAGGCAAAAAUGAACCCCUGGACGAGGACAACUGUGCCGGUGACAAGCUCUGCCCAGCAGGAAGCAGCUUCGGGCCACUGUCCCCUUGUCACAGGAGAAUGUCAAAGUGAGCACAGGUGGACUUGUCUGAAGCCUGGGCCCUCAGGACUAGGACCUGACGAGCCAGUGCUCGUGACCUGAGCUUGACCCCUCCCUGAGCCCAAACACCCUCAUCUCGUGGCAGAUGCCACAGGGCUGUGGGCCAGGCCCUGAGUACAGCAUAAACCUCUCUGCUUCUGACCUGGAAAAGUCCACAAGCCACGGUCCCGGCAGGAGGGACGGGCACUGCGGCAUCCCAGGAGGCAAGGGCAGAGAAUGGGGCCGGUGCGUCCUGAGGGCUGCGGAGGCCACCUGACCAUUACUGUGUCCCCCACGGCCAGGAGGAAAUAAAUGUGUGUCCCCCA